UCCUUUCCUCCAAGCGAAUACACUUGGCAUCUUCUGCACACCGAGCUUCUACAUGUACAACAGUCAUCCUUCCUGGCAGCAACCACCUCAUCAGACUUGUCUUGAAGCUCAGGUGACACUGUGGGUUUCUCACAAUAUCACUCUUUGGUUUGCCCAACUUCCAAGCAUUUUCACCCCAAGUGAGUAACUUCCAAUCCAUUUCCAAUUUCCAAUUUCCUAUAAGCAAAUCUUCUUUGCUGCCAUGACGAAUCUUGCCUCUCCAGAAGAUGGUUUGGCGGACGUUGAAAACGCCAAGAUGUCUAUCCAAGAUGACGGCUCUGAUUCGUCCGACGGCGGCACCACGUUUUCCUCUGUCGGUAUGGACCGGUCUAGCUCCAGUUCAGCGGGUGAUAGCGAUGCCCCUGAGAAACUGGUUCGUCGCGAGAAUCAGUACAUUCUGGCAACUCGAGUGAUUGUGGUCUUGUUGCUGGUUGCAGCAGCCAUUGGGACGACUGUGUUCAUCUAUCGCUACGCCAAGACAAACGAAGAGCAAGACUUUGAAUCGGACUACCAAGCUGUGGCGACGACCAUCCUUGACAGUUUCAACACCGAUAUCACUCUCAAGUUCUUUUGUGCCAAGACUCUCUCUGCCAUUAUGAGUGCCAAACAUGAAGAAGAAGUCGCCAAGGAUCUCGCGGUUGUUGCAGCUUUGGCAGAGCAUGGUAUUGAACACGAAGCAAAGGCUGCUCCUUGGAAGAUCACCGUUCCCCACUCUCAGUUCCUCCAGGCUACCUCGGAAGCCAAAUGGCUGAUCAAUGCUCACUAUAUCGGGUAUUCUCCGUUGCUCUUCCAGGAGAGUCACCGCGAGGAAUUCGAAACCUAUGCAGCUGACUAUCAAAAGCAGAAUGGCCUCUUCUUUGAAACGGACCUGUCGGAAGACAAUGACGACGUCAAUCAAGAUGCUAUUGGUUGGAAUGCAUCCAAGGGACUCUUUGUGGUCGACCCAAGUUCGGGGGAAGUGAGUUCAGCUCCAACACUAGAUUCCACUAACGAAACAGUCGUACCUCCUUUCUACAGUCCCUUGUGGCAAGCAGAUGCUCGAAGUGCUCAAAUCUCUCCCACCAUGUACGACCAAGCAUCUGAUAUGAUCAGAGCCACUGCCUUGAGGCAAAUGAUUGACCGUCGAGAGCCUGUCCUUUCCGAAACUUUCUUGCGCAAUACUACCUACUAUGAUACCUACUUUGGGGCCUCCGAUCCUGUGCCAGGAGUUUACAUGCACUUUCCUGUACACACGUUGGAUGUCGAGACGGGACAAGGAACUGGGAUCAUUGGGUCUGUUGUCAUGGAGUUUCUCUGGGAGUCCUUCCUCACGUCCAUAUAUCCUCCCAACAGCGAGAACGUCCAUAUUGUCAUUGAAAACACAUGUGGCCAGACAUACACAUAUGUCGUGAACGUUGAGAAUCAGAUUGGAGACUACAAGGAGCACAGGAUGGUUUUGGUAGGCGCAGGGGAUCUUCACGAGACCAAGUUUGACGACUAUGUACAGUCGACGGACUAUGGUUACUUUGGGGAUGUCGUUUGGUUCUCAAAGGUCCCUUCAUUGGACGAAGAGCACGAAAGCACCCUGGAAUCCUGUUUGUACCGUUUCGUUGUCUAUCCAACGCAAGCCAUGGAGGAUCAGUACAUCUCGAAUGAUCCUGUGCUCUAUGCUGUCGUCACCUUUGUCAUCUUCUUCUUUGUCAGCGGUGUUCUCUUGCUAUACGACCACAUCGUGAGAAAGCGCCAGAAAAAGAUCAUGGAGGCAGCGGCUAGGACAAAUCAGAUUGUUUCCAGUCUAUUCCCUAAGAGCAUUCGAGAACGUCUAUACAGGCAGCAGCUCGCAUUCUCUCCAUCGCAUAAAGAUGAUAGCACCAUCAGAAGCCAUCGAAGCAUGUCCGGAACGAGCAAGAUGCAGCUGCAAUCAUUUGUGCAAGUUGAAACAGGCCCCUCGCCUUUGUUGUUGAGUUCAGAGCCAAUUGCAGAUCUAUUCCCCAGCGCGACCGUUUGCAUUAUCAACAUUGCCAACUUUUCGGCGUGGAGCUCUGAGCGAGGACCCCAGCAAGUAUUGACCCUUUUGGAACAUCUCUUCUACGAGUUUGACAGCAUUGGUAAAAGAAUGGGGGUAUUCAAGUUGGAUUCACUUGGAGAUCAAUAUUUAGCCGUAGCCGGAUUGCCGCAUUACCGCCACGAUCACGCUGAACUGAUUGUAAAGUACGCCUACAGAUGCCUAAAGGCCAUGACGAUGAUUACUAGAAAGCUAGAGGUGACUCUUGGACCCGACACUGGAGAUUUGAGAGCAAGGGUGGGCAUUCACAGUGGACCCGUCACAGCGGGCGUCCUUCGAGGAGAGAAGACCAGGUUCCAGCUCUUUGGAGAUACGUACAAUGUGGCUGAGCAUGUGUGCACAGCUGGACAGCCCAAGCGCAUUCAAGUUACUGAACAGACAGCUGACCUCCUCAAGGAAAGAGGAAAGGAGAACUGGCUGAGACCCAGAUCGGAGAAAGUGGACCUGAAAGGUCGCGGUGUGGUGCAGCUCUAUUGGGUCCACCCACAUGCGAACGAAGCUGCAACCAGGUCUACGGGGUAUGAAUACCUGCCAGAUGACGGUGAUUCCAUUCUCGAUGAUUCGACUUCGCAACUGCCAGGAACGCCUGAUGAAUUCAAGGGGACAUCUCAACAGCUUGACAGGAUGAAUCGUUUGAUUGACUGGAAUGUCCAGUUUCUAUACACCCUUCUGGAGAACGUAGUUACUGCACGAGGGAAGCGUUCAGCCGUUGGUGUGGCUGAGCUAGAAGAGUUUGAAUCCAAGCUGGAGAAACAAAAAGCAGAGGGCACCCUUGUCCUUGACGAGUUUACAGAGAUUCUCUCGAUUCCGAAGUUCACCCCGGACGGGGUUGAUGCCGAGCGGGGCAUUUUGGACCCUUUGGUCAAGGAGGAGCUUCGAGACUUUGUCACGCGUGUCGCCAGUACGUACAGAGAUGUACCGUUCCACAACUUCGAGCAUGCUUCCCAUGUGAUGCUGAGCAUAGGAAAGAUGAUGAAGCGCAUUGUGGAACCUGAAGGUAUCGAGUACGAUGUCGAAGGAGUAUCAGAGGAGACCAGGUCCAUUGAGAUUGCUCGACAAAUCCACAAUAGCACGUAUGGUAUCAGCAACGACCAUUUGCUGCAAUUCACCUCUGUCUUCGCAGCGCUCAUCCACGACGCGGACCACACCGGUUUGACAAACAAAGAGCUCGUUGACCUCAAGGUACCACUUGCCGAACAGUACCGAGAGACCUCCGUCGCCGAGCAGAACUCUGUAGACAUCACAUGGAGAAUGCUUCUAGAGCCCGGAUACACGCACUUGCGCCGCUGCAUCUAUUCCAACGCGGAGGAAAUGAAGCGCUUUAGGGAACUUCUGGUCAACGCCGUGAUGGCCACGGACAUCGCCGAUAAGCGCUUGAAUGCUGUGAGGAAGAGUCGUUGGAAUGAUGCUUUUGCCGAGGCGGCCCCAUCAUCAUCAUCAUCGGACCACAAAAUGUUCCACGAUGAUGCCAAUCUCAACGAGAACCGAAAAGCAACCAUUGUGUACGAGCAUCUAAUUCAAGCUUCGGACGUGUCUCACACGAUGCAACACUGGAAUACCUUCCGCAAAUUCAACGCUCGACUCUUUGAAGAACGCUACGUUGCUUGGCUCAAAGGUGUUGCCGAGGAGCCAUCCGUGGGCUGGUACAAGGGCGAGCUUGGCUUUUAUGAUUUCUACUUGGUUCCCUUGGCCAAGAAGCUCCAUCAGUGUGGCGUAUUUGGUGUUUCCUACCACGAAUAUCUGCACCACGCUCAAGAGAAUCGCCGGGAAUGGGAAACGAAAGGAGAGGGAAUCACAGCGGAAAUGCUGGCCCACUGCCAAUCAAAGUAUCCCCACGGCUUAGCUUCUGUUCCUGGUCAAACUACGGUGGAGGAGGGCUUUGUGGACGAGGAGGUGGAUUGCUAAAGAGGCACGGGUACGGUAUGGUGGAAAUGCUGAGGACCCAUGAAAGAAAACUCUAGUCAGCCAGUCCAUACCAGCAAUCUACAGCUGUCAGCCCCUACCACGAGAUUAGGGACCUGUAACCCUUCGGGAGAAGCUGGAAUGUCAGAGGCGCAACGCAAAAUCUUCUUCCAUUUAUUCACAUCUCCAGCUCCCUGAACAAGAAGUUCCUGCACUAUAUAAUUGCUUUUGACAUAUCAUUCAUACGAACUAGCUAGACUAGACUAGCUAGCUAUGAAUAGUACUACCUGGUACUAACUACUACAUGUCGGUACCGAGUACAGUAGUAGUACCGGUACAACAUUGCUGCUCUCGACUCAAUGUUCUCAUCAAAUCGAUUUGAAGAUGAACAGUGGGCUUGCUUGAUAGUUUGGUGGGAGAUUUGAGUUUGGGUGGCUCGCCGUGGUCUCAAGCCUGCCAGAGUCGAACGAGUCAAAUGGCGCGGAGAGUUGGCCAGGCCCAAAACAAGUUCGCCUUUUAAAAAUAGCGUCCGUACUCAGUCAUAGCGGUUGAACUGAACCAUGCUGAAACAGCUGAAGUGCUCUUAGAAAACCGAAUUUUAAAGUCGAAGUGCGGACACCAGUGGCAGCCUUCAUUCCAGCGGUUGUCACAAAAAGCAGCACAUAAAAUCGAGCAGUUCGUCGUUUGCAUCCCUCUUCCACACCGUAUUUUACUUCAUCAACCGCAACCAUGGCCAAGACACC